CUCGGGUUCUUGAACUCUUUCUAAAUUCCAAUGUCUUUCCUUCAUUUCCCUCCCUGGGUUCCCCUCAUCCUCUUCUUCUCUUUACUUUUCAUCAUCCUCAAAGAGAAAGCUGCUGCAAAUAGAAAGAAGGGUAAUUUUCCCCCAACCCCACCAAAGCUUCCAAUCAUAGGAAACUUGCACCAACUUGGCAAGCUCCCACACAAAUCCCUAUGGCGCCUCUCUCAGCGUUACGGUCCUAUUAUCAGCCUUAGCCUAUGCCAUAUAGAAACUAUCAUCAUAUCCUCUGCCGAGACCGCUCGCGCCCUCUUGAAAACCAACGAUUUUAAAAGCUGCAAUAGACCACAAACCGAUGUUACAAAAAAACUCUCUUACAAUUUUCUUGAUAUCGGGUUUUCGCCUUACAGUGAUUAUUGGCGAGAGAUACGGAAAAUUUGUAUGCUUGAACUUUUCAGUAUGAAGAAGGUGUUAUCUUAUGAACCCAUUAGAGAGAAAGAAGUUGGUUUGCUUAUUGAAUCGAUUUCACAAUCAGCUUCUUGUGAAGCUACUGUUGAUCUUACUCAGAAAUCGAUUGCUCUCACUACUAGUGUUAUUUUUAGAAUUGCUUUUGGGAAGUUGUUUAAAGUGGAUGGAUUUAAUGAAAUUGCAAGUGAAGUUGAGGUCCUGUUGGGAAGCUACGGUGCUUCUGAGUUUUUUCCUAUUCCUUUUGUGGGGAAGAUAAUUGAUUGGUUUAGUGGCCGAAAAACUAGACUAGAGAGGGUUUUUAAUGAAAUGAAUGUUCUGUUCCAAGAAGUGAUUGAUGAACAUAUUCAUUCUGUGAAGCCUAAGCCAAAGCAAGAUGAUAUCAUUGAUGUGCUUUUGGCUAUCAAUAAAAAGCAAGUUGAGUCUUGCAAUAUUGUCAUUACACAUGAAAGUAUCAAAGCCAUUCUUUUUAACAUAAUUUUUGCAGGAUUAUCCACUAGUUCAGUUAUUAUAGUUUGGGCAAUGGCAGAACUAACGAAAAAUUCGAAAUUGAUGAAGAAAGCUCAAGAAGAAAUCAGAAAUCAUGUGGGAAACCAAGGAAAGGUAAUAGAGAGAGACCUAGAAGAGCUUCCAUAUUUGAAAAUGAUAGUGAAAGAGACACUAAGACUACAUCCACCGGUACCUCUUCUUAUUCCAAGAGAAACCAUUUCCCAUUUCAAAAUUGAAGGCUAUGAAUUUCACCCGAAAACGAUGGUUCAAGUGAACAUUUGGGCAAUUGGACGAGACCCCACAUAUUGGAAACAACCAGAAGAGUUCCUUCCAGAGAGAUUUGUAGAGAGCUCGAUUGAUUACAAAGGACAACAUUUUGAGUUUUUGCCAUUUGGGGGUGGUCGAAGGAUGUGCCCAGGGUUGAAUAUGGGGGUGAAAAUUGUAGAGUUGACUUUAGCGAAUCUUUUGUACCAUUUUGAUUGGAAGUUGCCAAAUGGGAUGAAGGAGGACUUAGACAUGGAAGAGAAUUAUGGUUUGAGUCUCACCCUCCACAAAAAGUUGCCUCUCAAACUUGUACCAACUUUAUAUCAUCCAUGAGUAUCAAGUUUGAAGUGGAGUCCUCUAUUGUAAAGUCGAAGACCUGUCUUAUAUAUGACGACACGUGGCUAGUGGCUCUUGCACGUAUCAUUUAUGCUUAUAUAUUAUGAUGACGAUAAUGUGAGCUAGUAUGAUGUGAUGUUAUAUUAUAAUGAUGUUAUAUGAUGAUAU